AUGUCCAAGACCUUCUCGGCCAGCGACGUCGCGUCGCACAACAAGCCUGAUGAUUUGUUCAUCAUCGUUGACGGCGACGUCUACGACCUGACCAAGUUCCAGGACGACCACCCUGGUGGCAAGAAGAUUCUUCAGCGCGUUGCCGGCAAGGACGCCUCGAAGCAGUUCUGGAAGUACCACAAUGAGGGCAUCCUGAAGAAGUACCAGGCCAAGCUGCAGGUCGGCAGUCUCGACUCCAAGCCCAAGGCCGCUGCCCCUGCUGCUCCCGCCGCCGCUCCCCCCAAGAAGGCCGCCGAGAAGAAGGUCAUUGCCACCAACAACGAGGACUCUGAGCCUCUGGACCCCUUUGGAGAGAUGAUUCCCUACGCCGACCCCAGCUGGUACCACGCACACCACUCUCCCUACUACAACGAGACGCACGCCGCCCUCCGCGCCGAGGUCCGCGAGUGGGUCACAAACAACAUUGAGCCCUUCGUCACCGAGUGGGACGAGAAGAAGGAGGUUGACCCGUCAAUCUACAAGCAGAUGGGUGAGCGCGGCUACCUUGCCGGUCUGCUCGGUGUCCACUACCCUACCCAAUACACCAAGAACACUGUCGCCUCCGUCCACCCCGAGAACUGGGACCUGUUCCAUGAGAUGCUUCUGACAGACGAGCUCUCUCGCGCCGCCUCCGGUGGUUUCGUCUGGAACGUUAUUGGCGGUUUCGGUAUCGGCUGCCCGCCUCUUGUCAAGUUCGGCCAGAAGCCGCUCGUUGAGCGUAUUCUCCCCGGUAUUCUCAACGGUGACAAGCGCAUCUGCUUGGCCAUCACCGAGCCUGAUGCCGGUUCCGACGUGGCCAACCUCACCUGCGAGGCCAAGCUGAGCGAGGACGGCAAGCACUUCAUUGUCAAUGGUGAGAAGAAGUGGAUCACCAACGGUAUCUGGUGUGAUUACUUCACCACCGCCGUCCGCACCGGCGGCCCUGGCAUGAACGGCGUCAGCUUGCUGCUGAUUGAGAGAGGCCCCGGUGUCACCACGAGACGCAUGGACUGCCAGGGUGUCUGGUCCUCCGGUACCACUUACAUCACAUUUGAGGAUGUCAAGGUUCCUGUCGAGAACCUCCUCGGCAAGAAGAACCAGGGUUUCAGAGUCAUCAUGACCAACUUCAACCACGAGCGUAUCGGUAUCAUCAUCCAGUGUAUCCGCUUCUCCCGUGUCUGCUACGAGGAGUCUGUCAAGUACGCCAACAAGCGCCGUACCUUUGGCAAGAAGCUCAUUGAGCACCCCGUUAUCCGCCUCAAGCUCGCCCACAUGGCGAGACAGAUCGAGGCCUCUGCCAAUUGGCUCGAGAACGUCAUCUACCAAUGCCAGAAGAUGGGCGAGACCGAGGCCAUGCUCAAGCUCGGCGGUGCCAUUGCCGGCCUCAAGGCCCAGAGCACCGUCACCUUUGAGUUCUGCGCCCGUGAGGCGUCUCAGAUCUUUGGCGGUCUCUCGUACUCGCGCGGCGGCCAGGGCGGCAAGGUCGAGAGGCUGUACCGUGAUGUACGUGCCUACGCCAUCCCGGGUGGUAGCGAGGAGAUUAUGCUUGACCUGAGCAUCAGGCAGAGCAUGCGCGUACACAAGGCGCUGGGUAUGAAGCUGUAA